AAAAAUGUCCCUCUAAUAAUACAAACUUGUUCAUCAUUGAUCCAUAGAAUACAAAGUUGUUAAUGUUCAUUAUUUAUAUUAACUAUGUUAAAAAAACUUUAGUAUGUUUUAAUUUUAUUUCUUCAUGCCUAUUUUGUCAUUACGUUAUCUAUUUAUGUCAAACAAGAAAAGAGUUAUAAAAGAUGAAAUUAAUGUUCAUUUAUUACAACACUAAGACAUAAUUAUGCAAUGAAUAUUGAAUAUUUGAAAAUAACAAAUGUUUGUGUGGUAAGUUGUAGAAUGAAACGAAUUUCACGUGAGGGCAAGUUAAGUAUACUACAAGAACAUCACUUUUUCUCUCAAAUGACGUCCCGUUUCCAUGGCGUUUCUUCCUCCUUCCUUACGAGACACCAUAUCAAGAUUACAUGACGUUGUCCACAUUGGUAGUACCCACGGGGACGAAAUGGUGAAAAGAAUAAUAAAAUACCAUUAUUUUGAAUUGUAUUUCUAAAAUGUUUUAAUCAAACAAAUUUAUGUUUCAUAAAUAUUUCCCACGAAGUUCAAGGAACUAUGAGCUUCAUCACGAUUCAAGAUGCACAAGAUGGGUAAUAAACUAUGCAAAUUUGUGAUGUUUUUUUCCGUUUUCAUGUCUAAUGUUCAUACUCUCACUAAAGAUUAUGAAAAUUUACCGACUUUAUGUAGAAAUAACGACGUUCCUGAAAAGAAUUUUGAACUAAAUAAACAAGAGGCUGUAAUCAAAAAACCAGUUGAUGAAGAGUUCCAAGAAAAAAAGAAAGGCUUGAAAGACUUCCCAGAUUCUCCUAUAUUGUUCCUAUCAAAUGAAUCAGAUAAUCAGGAAGAAAAAAAUACAGAUGAUGGAGAAGAUUGUUAUGAAGUUGAUAAUAAAAAUUGUGAGCGGAAGCUAAGCCAAGAUUCUGGUAGACAGGCAUUCAACUUUGAUCAUUUACAACGAAAGAGAAAGAGAUGCGAAACAGAGGAAAGCAAAGUGCAAGAAAGUGGGAUUGCUCUACGUACUGGCUCAAAAAUUACUACAGAUAAUCCUAAGGACCUGUGUCUCCAUAGAGCAUACAAAAAGCCACAAAUUGAAACUUUGGAAGAAGCAGAUAAGUGCGACCUUCUUUAUGCACCAAAAAAGGUCAAUUCUGGUCUCUAUACAGCUGUGAUAAUUAGAAAGCUUGAAGAAUAUAGAUUAAGAUUACGCAAAGCGCAAUCUUGCCUUCCACCUGUUCGUGAAAUGGAUUUGAAAGGUUUUUCACCUAUUACGAGCAAAACGCGAAGUCGAAUUGGCCGUCAUGUUUUAAGAAGAACAAACACGGUGAAGUGUAAUAAGUCUGAAAAAGGCACGAAAGAAAAAGAUGCCUUUUCCCAGAUUUUGCAAAGGCUGUUAUUGCCUGAACAACCAGAAGUCACGAAGGUGGUACAUGUUUUGGAUGAAGUCAACCAUACAAAAAACUUUAACUGUGACAACUUCUCCAUUUCGAAGAAAACUGUUCUUUCGAGCCCCAAAUCUCGACAAUCACCUGCAACUCCAACCAAAGAUUCGAAACAAUCUGUGAGCAAUUUUUCAAGUACUCAAACACCUGUCAUCGUAGAAACAUCAAGAGAUGCGUCGUUAACAAUUGCUGGUGUCCAUGAUGAACUGGAGAGCAAAGGCGCGAAGAAAAGUAAUGUUCCCAUAGAAAACUUGGAUGAAAUUGAAAGCAAGGAAAAAGUAAAAGAGCCUCAUAUUGUCACAGUAAAACCUAUCGUUAGAACGUCCUCUCGUGAAAGUGUUUUAAAAGAUUCCACUUGCGAUGGGGAAUCCGCUGUAAAUGCUCCAACAGUUGAUACUAAAUCCAUUGAAAUAGACUGUUUAGAAGUUUCUACAUCGCCUGUUGUCAAUGAUACAUCGUCAACACCAUCACAACCUGACGAAGUGGAAUGUCCAAUGUGCUACCGACAAUUUUCCAUUGAAGAAGUAGAGCAACAUGCCUAUCACUGUAACGGUCCAGAAGAACAACCAACGAACUUAGAAAGUACGAGCGAAGAAGGUGGAAUGUCGCCUGUAAUUAAAACUAGGAUUCCAACCAGAGUGAAGGAAUUACAAUUAUUGACCACUGUACAGAGGAGUGCGACGAAACAAGAAUUUAUAAGCAGUAAGGACGAUGUAAAAUCUUCAAACAAAGAAGAGAAGGGGAAAAAAGGGAAGAAACGAAAACACGGAAUAUCAUUAGAGCCUUUUAUUGCGCUCGAAGAUCUUUCUCCUCAUAGUGGAAAAACUGGAAAUUGGUUAAGCAGAGGUAACCCAGAGACAUCGGGGAUGACAAAAGGUAACCCAGGGACUUCGGGAGUCACAAAAAGUAACCCAGGGUCUUUGGGAGUUACAAAAAGUAAGCUUGGGACUUUGGGAGUUACCAAAAGUAUCCAGUCAUUUUCAAGAGCAAAUAGUCGUGAAGAAAGCAAAACGAUGGAACAAAACCACGUCGACAGCAUAUCGUCGUGGAAACGACCAACUUUAUCACGUAUAUCUAAGAAUCUUGGAACGACGUCUUUGUGUGACGAUAUAAGUCCGAAUAAUGAAUUAGUUCCGCUCAAAGCUGUAGAGCAAAAGAAACAGGAUGUGCUCAUUGACGAUCCAGUAGAAAUUUUAACCACGAAGAGAACGGAUGAUUUCGAUCGUAAACGAAAAAGUAAUGGAGUAGUUGACAAGAGGAAAAUAAAGAAAGGUAAAAUGAAUGGAGAUGUGGAUACCGAACAUUGUUAUAUGUGUGGAGAAGAUAUACCUCGGUCAUUAUUCGACCUACAUGUUGAUGAAGAACUUGCAAGAAAGAGACAGGAGACGGACGAUAUACAACUUCCAAUGAGCCCAUCUGCGGUGCAAGAAAAUCAAGAUAAUCUUCAUGACCUAUUGUCAAGUGAUGAAAAAUCAUCUUUAGACUCGAGACGACCGCUGCCCGAUUUUGCCGAAGACACAACAUUUUCUAACGAAGAAAGUCAUUCAUCCGAGAGAACUUACAAAUCACCGCAAGCAGGGUCGUUGUAUCGUCAACAACUUUCAUUUUAUGGUGAAGGACGUUUAAGAAAGAAACCACUAUGGAAUAGAAAGAGGUGAAUACAGUAAGGUCCUGGAACGAGUUCCACUCAGUCGGAGCAGCAAGGGUAUGGGUACGAUCUUGCUAGAAAGAGGUGAAUACAGUAAGGUCCUGGAACGAGUUCCACUCAGACGGAGCAGCAAGGGUAUGGGUACGAUCUUGCUGGAACAGCUUUUGUUUUGGCUUUGAUUGGCACAAGUUUAAGAUUGAGAUUUACCGUCAUACACGGUCAUUUUUCAUUUUUACUUGUGUAAAUCAUGAUCGUUAUUGAUCACAUGGCUACAAUUUACUGUGGUGAUUAUGGUUUCAUGUUCACCAUUUAAAGCUACUGCAUCAAUAAAGCCACGACAAGCAUGCGCUACAACAUCAUCAUGUGCUACAACAUCAUCAUGUACUACUACCAAAGUGUUGCGGAAUCUUGUUGAAAUGACAUCACGUGAUAAGAUAUCACGAAAAUUUUUUGAACAUAUUUGCUUACUGCUGUAGAGCUGAAAAAGCUGUAUAAGACAACAAUGGGACAAACAUCCAGGUGAGGUUUGCGUGGUAAUUUUAAACAAACAUUAAAAAUAAGAAACUGAUUAUAAAUUUUAAGGAAAUUUUUGUUAGUUCUAGUAAAAUUUAGUUAAUUAGAAAAAAGAAAAACUUAAAUUGUUCAUUCCAUA